AUGACGACUCAGUCCAACGCAACCCGACUAGCAGACGAGGCCCGAAAACUAAUGGAACAUCGUAUGGACGAAUACAAUACGAUCUUGAACAAAUUCGACGAGACCGAACCCAAGAAGGAUGACAGACCCGUUCCGUAUAUAAACCCGCCACGCACUAUCCUCCUCGAAGAGUUCAUUUGUUUGAAAGAGUGGGGAAGAGACAUAGGAAUAUAUGGAUACGAUGAUCAAAGGACAAAACACGACUUCCGCAAUCUUCCUUCCGUUACAAAAUCAUCGAUUAUCGAUUAUCUCAAGAAAAUGUAUGACACGCUAGACGUCAUGCGCGUGAUCGUCGGCAACAAAAGGCAGCCCUGGUGGGAAGGUUCUCACGAACUCAUGUAUCCUGACUUAAAGUGUAAAGGUAUGCUGGACCAGCAGAUCGGCAACUUGAGGUGCAUCAUCGUCAACCUGGAACUAUCGAUCGAUCCGGAAGACGGACCGAAUACUGGAAGAGACGACGCAAGCCCUGGUAUCAAGAUGCUUUUUCGACGCUGUGCAACCGAAUACACGACAUUUUUUAAGCGUAUCGAAAGAAGCUUGAGCCUGACUUACAAGCUACCAUCCGGACAUAUCGAAGGCCCGCGCAACGAAUUCAUCAGAUGGGGCCGUGAAGCCGGAGUUCUUCGUGAGGGUAGAAAAUUUGUGGAGACCAGAAUCGUCGACUCAGGUAAAAGCGAGAGCCGAGGUCAAAUCGUUAAAGUUCUCUUGAGCAUCGGUUCGGCCUUGGGGACGAUGUCUGAGUUACUACCGGAGAAGUACGUCUCGGGAGAAGAUCUUACGACAGCAGACACAGGCAACAACUCGAAUUCGAACCUUGGCCUUACAGAACUUGCGAAAGGGUUGAUAGAGCAAAUGGCGAUACUCCGCCAAUACAACGAGUCUUUGACCAGAGAGACAAAAAAUCUCGUAAGGAGAUAA